AUGUCUAAGAGAACAGCCCAAGGUCCUCAAGGGGGUAAGGACAGCAACCUACUAGACUUCAACAUGCAGAGCACACCGGAGGAGAAGCCCCAGCGGGCCACAGCUGCACAGAUGGCCAACAGAAGAAUCAAGGACAUUCGAAGACGGCCACGCGCUGGCUCACCGUCUGGUUCGCCUAGUGCGUCUUUUGGUGGUCCGUUUAGCUCGCUCGAUCCCAACACAGUCUCUACGCCUGCAGCGUCCCAGCCGCCAACAAAUGGCUUCAGCUUUGGACAGUCGCAGAGUUUCCCACCCACCAGCGCACCUACUAAACCUCCUGCCCAGAACGGAGGGUCGCAAUUCGCUUUUGGCUCUGGAAGCGGCUCAACAGCAUUCAACUUCUCUGGCUCAUUUGGUGGAUCAACAUCAACACCUCCGAGUAAUCCUUUUGCUUCGAUGAACACUGGUGCUACUCAGCAGCCUGCGAGCAAUAGCUUCACUGGUUUCAAGGGCAACAUGUUCAACAUACCUUCGACUGGAAGUCAAUCUCCCGCACAGCAACCUCUUCCCUCUGGUGGGUUGUUUGGGGCUACGUCUCAGCCAAGCGGUACUAGUGGAGGCAUCUUCGGAAACACUGCUACCAGCGGUCCCUCGUCUCAAUCCGGCACUAUCACUCCGCCGAAUGGAACCAUUUUUGGCCAGCCCAACACAGCGGCUCCUGCAAGUAACAUAUUUGGUCAAUCCGGGGCAGAGAAGCCUAAUCCAUUUGCUCAGACCACGGCUUUUGGCAAUGAUUCAAUGCAGACCUCUCCAGACGCUAAAACCGCCGCCCAGAAACCAUUCUCAAGUGGAAACAGUGGCUUUGGCAUCUCGACAAAUUUCGGUGGAUCGGGAGCAGGAACACUGUUUGGCGGUACAGCAUCGGCGCCUUCUCAGACUCCUUCUAAGCCCUUGUUUGGAGCGAAACCAGCCGAGCAGCCUGCUCCAGCAUCGGGCUCUCUGUUUAGCGCGGCCGCAACACAACCUUCUUUUUCGGCCUCUACCACCGCUCCGUCUAGUAUCGCUCCCGCUCCGGCUGGGGCAGCAUCACCUUCACUUUUUAGCGCAUCCACCCCUAAGCCUGCGGCGACACCACAGAAUCCUUUCCAGUCUUCGAGUGUAUUCGGCACACCGGCCUCAUCCCCGUCGCAAAAGGCCUCAGAGGAAAAGCCCAAGGAGGGGAAUGCUACUCAGUCUACACCAUCCCAGCCAUCUAUCAGUUUCUCCUCUUCAAGUACGGGCCCAUCACUCUUUUCUAAGAGCUCAAGCCAGGCAUCAACCCAACCAAGCACCUUAUUCCAGGCCCCAGCAACGGGAAGUCUGUUUGCUCCCAAGCCGACAUCAUCUACGGAGCAAGAAAAGCCUCAAGCCGGAGCAACAAAUCCUUUCAGCAGUCUGUUCGUACCAAAACCAGCAACUGCGGAGAAGCCAACUACUGAACAGAAGCCACUACCAUCCUCAUCCCUGUUUGCACCUCAGCCUGCUCCUGUUGGAGAGACAAAGGCAAACGAGCCUCCAAAAUCGGUCACUCCGGCUUCACCUUUCUCAAGCUCUACGCCUGCAAAGCCAUCAUCUAGUGCUCCUCAGUCGUCUCCUUUCUCACUUUCAACUACACAAACAACUUCUUCGCCAGCCUUCACUCCCGCUACAACAUCUCAGGUCCCCUUCAAUAUGAAUGGCGUCAAGCCAACGACGUCGAUUUCGUCGGGACAAGCCCCCAGUCCGCCAUCUCAGACGCUUGACAAGCUUAAGCCUGCCAAGAUGCCCUCUGGUCUUGGUGCCAAAACAGAGGAAGAUAUUGAGAUGGCAAACCGCGUCCGCGUUUUGAAUGAAAGCUUCCGACGUGAGAUUGCGAAAACCGAUCUCAGCAAGGAAGGAUUUGAUGCUCUUGUCAUUCAUUAUUUGCGUGUUCGUGAAACCAUCGGCGCUCCCCUCCAGGGUGUAGCAGGCAUGAAGCGCAAAACCAUAGACGACGACAGCGCGACGACCAACAGUCAACCAUCUAAGAAGACCAAGCCUUUUGGCACGGUUGACCCUGCUUCCCCAAUUGGAAGUUCGACCCCAAGCAAGACAGCUACCCCGUCGCAGAUUUCUACUGCUAGCGAGAGCGCCACCACAACUGGUAGCAAACGAAAGGCAAUUGUGGACACUGAGGAUGUAUCCUCUACCCCACAGCCUGCAAAGCGUUCUGAUGGUGGUUCCACAACUGCAAGCAUAUUUGCAAAUUCGUUUUCGAACUCGAGGACAUCAGAGGCCGGCGAAACAACGGGUGCUGAGUCCCCGAAGAAAAUUGAUGCUCCUUCCUUCAAACCGGCGACGCCCGAGCCAGCUAAGCCUAGUCUUUUCUCUACAACCCCAACGUCGUCGCCUCCGAAACCCUUAUUUCCUACUCCCGCGGCCACCAAGGAGACGUCGUCUUCAGGUUCGGCCCCUUCGCACGCCCCGCCUGUUUUUAAACCAACUUUCAGUGCGCCAACUAGCAGCACUCCACCGGCAAAUCCGUUUGUUCUCAAACCUUCUGGCGGCCAUGAUGCUACCCAGGCAUCAGCUCCUUUGGCUAUUCCCAAAUUUGGGUCGGGUAACACCAAUUUCUUUGAACAGUUCAAGGCUCAGUCAGAAAAGGAAGCUGAAAAAGAGAAAGCGAAGCGCAAGGACGAGGAUUUUGAUUCUGACGAAGACGACGAAGCUGAGUGGGAACGCAAAGACGCAGAAAAUCAGCGAAAGAAACAAGAGGCAAUCUUAGCCCAACAGAGUAAGCGGCCGAAAUACAUUCCCGGCCAAGGUUUCUCUUUUGAGGAAGACAAUAGCACCGAUGGCGAAAAGUCAGAUGCAAGCGCUGCCUCGUCGAUGGCGAGCAACUCGGUUUUUGAUACCAAGUCCACCUCAUUCGGAAAGUCGAGCAACAUCUUUGGCCACCUAUCUGCAACCCCGUCGGAGAGCGGAGAGAACGAACAUGACGAUGCCAACGACACGGAAGAAGCGUCCGAGUCCGGUGAUGACGCUGCCAGGGAAUCGUCCUUUGCACCAACUGAAGAUCUGGACGCAAGCAACACGGGCUCCAAGAGUAAUGGCGUUGCUGGAUCUUCCACUCCUGAGAGUAGCGACGAGGGCGACUUCACUAAGGCCCUCAAGAAGUCCAAACAAACUGACAGUUCUGGCAAAAUUGCCGACGCGACCACUGACCAAGGCUCUGGUAGUCGCAGCUUGUUCGAUCGCGUUCAAUAUGACCAGGAGGGGAAACCGAAGCGCCAGGAGGACGACGGUAAGACUGUCUCUUCCUUGUUAGGCUCAUCCAAGUAUGCGUCGUCCUUUAACAGCGCCGGGUCUACCCCGAACCCCUUUGCAUCCAUGUCCCAGACUCAGUCCAACAAAUCCGAUGAAAGCGCUCCGUCAAAGCCUGCGCCCUCCAAUGUCUUUGGGUCUUCAACCAUUGCCGCGAAUCCCUUUGGAACACCAUCUUCCGGCGCGAGCACUCCCUCCAUUUUCGGCUCUAGCACUACUAAGCCUGCCAGCGAUAAUACCUGGAAGCUGAACACGCCGAUCAAAUUUGCUACGGAUCCUCCAAGCACUACGGGAUCGUCAACCAAAUCUACUACUGAGUCAGCACCAGAAUCCGGCUCUUCGCAACCGUUUUCUGCGCUCUUUGGCCCUGCUGCGGCUGGAUCGAAGUCGGGAUCCGGCGCUCAACAGCCCCUUGGUUUCUCAUUUGGUGGCCCUUCUCAACCAAGCUCGUCCUUUUUGACUCCAUCCGCUCUCACGUCUGCUACCCCAAGCCGUGCUUCGACGCCUGGGAUGGCCUCUGACACGGGUGCUGAGGAGUCUGCUGACGGGGAUGCCGCAGAAGCUCUGCCCCAGGUCGAUCUUGCUCGAGGCGGGGCUGGUGAAGAGAAUGAGGACGUUCUGUUUGAGAGUAGAUCCCGCGCUCUGAAGCUGAUAAAAGAAGAGAACAAAGGCUGGGAUACUCAAGGUAUUGGGAUCACUCGCAUCUUGAAAGAUCGGACAACAUCCCGCGCCCGUAUCCUUAUUCGAGCCGAACCAAGUGGAAAUGUGGUCCUCAACGCCGCAUUACAGAAGGAGAUCACAUACAAAGCCCAGGGAACAAGUGUGCAGUUCCUUGUACCAAAAGCCGAUGGCCCCCCAGAAAUGUGGGCUGUUCGACUCAAGGUAGGAAUGGCUGAAAAACUCGCAGCUGCCAUGGAAGAAUCAAAGUCUUAA